AUGGAUAAAACUUACUAUGAUCGAUGGGCUGAUAACGACAACGAGAAGUUAACAGAGUCUUGUCGUCUUGGACCGACUGAUGGAUCCAAAAGCAGUUUCAUUGCAUCCCAAUCCUUCGAAAACGCUGAAUUUCAAGAAUCCUCUGAAGUUGAGCUUGAAAUGAACCGAUACUAUGGUUUAACUGAAGUUGAUUGCAGUCUACAAGAUGCCAUAAUGCGGAUGAUUUAUGCGCAAAAAGUGCUUAAUAAAGUGACGCUAACAAAUAAGAGUGCCGAAUUCUGCCAACUGCUGGAAGAUUUCAUGCAUAACAUUGGAGGAAUGCAAAUGAAGCUAAAAGCUUUACUUUCACCAUUUGCAAAUAUGGAACAAUUUUGGACGGACCCCCUUCCCAUGACCAAUACCGACCACAGCACAGCAGGCACUACAACAUCACUAUUUGGUAAUACGCCGAUCAACGAACAAACAUGA